UUUUUUUUCCUGAGAAAUGCGAUAGAUUAAAUUUUAAAAUGCGACUUUCUUUUUUUUCUUAGCUUUUCUUUCCAAUUUUUUGUUAUAAAAAUAAUGAAUAAUAAUCCUUUUCGUAAUAAUAAUCAAGCAAUUAAUAAUGAUUAUUUAUCACCCACUACGGGUAAUCAACAGCCUCAACAACAAGUAUAUCAAAAUAGUAACUUUAAUAAUGGUUAUUUUCCUUCUCCUAAUCAAGGAUAUCAACCACAACAAUCAUGGCAGCAAAAUAUGAAUACCAAUUCUCUUACUUCUCCUUCUACACUCAUCAAUCCUCCUUCCCUCCAACAACAAAAUCCUUCUCCUUCACUACUUACAAAUAACACUUUUCCUCAGCAGCUUCCUUCAACAUUUACAAGUAGUCAUUUUUCUCAGCAACAGCCUCCUUACUCAACAUUCACAAAUAAUAAUUUUCCUCAACCACAACAGCAAGGGCUCCAAACCUUUCCAACUUCUAAUACUCUUCCAAGCCAACAACAGUAUUCUUCUCCAUUGACUUCAAUGACUAAUACACCUACUGGAUUUCUUAAUAACAAUAGUAGCAGUAAUAAUCCUUCAUAUUAUGGUCUCGGAAAUAUAAAUACGACUACUAUCCCAACACCUAUGAAUAAUUAUUCUUCAUAUCAACAACAACAACAACAGCCAAAUAAUAAUUUUUACAUUCCUUCUAAUUUUGGCACAACGAGUAAUAACAAUAAUAAUAUGUUUCAACAACCACUAAGGCAUCCCCCUGUAGAUGUAAGUAGCUUAUUAAAAGGAACUGAAAUUCGUCGUGUAGAAUGUCCUGUUUGCCAAAAAAUGCUUGAAGGCGAUGAUAUGGCAAUUAAUCAUCAUGUAAACGAACAUUAUACAUAAAUAUUGUGAUUGUAAAUAAAUAAAUAUUAAUGUUUUAUUGGUUUUUUCCGAA